AGAAGAGUGAAUGUUGUGGUUUGUAGUGCAGGAGUAGAUAAGAUCUCAAUUGUUUGUACGGGAGACAAAAAUAAAGUUAUUCGUCUUGUCAGGACAGCUUCAGUGAGCAGGAAAACGCCACAAGAAGAGGAGUGAGCUUAGUGGGAGUUGUGUGAAAAUGCGCAGCUGAGGUGUGAAGAUACACCGUGAAAGUUGAAUUUUCACGACAACACAACUUUCAUUUUCACGGAUGAACUGGCCUGUGCAGCUUAUGGAAGACCGGGCAUGACGGGAGGUUUGUUUCUCCGAGCACGCGACAGAGUGACGUACUUGAGGAGCUCGUGUUUGACAGACUCGUCUCUGUCUGUUGAUGUGUCCAUGUGGCGCUGAACGUGAAAAACCCCGGCUGAGCUCUCUCUCUCACUCCCUCUGUAGCUCUCGCUCUCUCGCGCCGCUCAGCCGUUAUAUCCCUACAUCCUACCACAGCUCUGGUAUCAGAUACCGGGUCCCGACCAAUCCCCGCGCGCUGUCAGGGCUCGAGAGGAGACAGGAGCAGAGAGCAGAGCGGCGCGAGGCAGACAGAGAGGGGGGAGAAGGCAGGAGGAGCACACACCCUUCCACCUCUCUAUCUCUCCAUCCAUCGUCUAUCCUCCGUUACCCCCCUCUCGGCACACACACAGCAACUCCCUCCCUCCUCCUCUCCUCCCCUCACCCGCCAGGUCCUCCUGACUGCAGCUGUUUGGGUCAACCGGAGAGGCGCGAGGCAGGAUGCGCGAUGGGACAAGCGUGCGGACACGCGCUCCUCUGUCGUAGCCAGCCACCGUCCUCCGAGAUACGCGGCCAGCAAGUGUUUCUGCGUCCUGAAGAGAGUUCAGCUCCAGCCCUGAAUACCAGACAGUCCACCACGCUGUCCGAGCAACUCCAGGAUGCCUUGCUGCGGCUGGCGGCGGUUGUCGACACGCGAUCGCUGCAAGCAGCCCUUAGAGACAGCAUACAGGGGCUGCUACCCAGCACGGAGUGUGUAUGUUUCUACAUCCUGGAGGGAGACUCGAGGCUGCUGUCUGAAGACCUGCUGCAUGAACUGCCACCGGAGGGGAAGAUCAGGAGUAUCGUGGACCAGCUGAAGCGAUGUCAGUGCGCUGGCCUCCCUCCACCAGAACUGCCAGAGAAAUACAGAACCUGUCUGGCUGCACCGUUACCUGCACACAGAAGAGCUCUUGUCAUUCCAAUCCCAGACCAGGAGCGGGACAAGGCCGUCGCUGUCUUACUGGUGGGCUGCGGUCCACUCUCCGAUCAGGAUGAAGUGCAUCUCAACCUGCUGGAAAAACAUGCCUCAGUGGCAUGCGUGCGAGUCCAGGCUGUUCCCUCAUCCUACCAGAGGCCUCCUCUCAGCCCUUCUCCCAUACAGUCCCACAACGCACUGCUGCACCUCAAUGUCUCCGACCAGGACUACUGCGAGCUGGACCGCAACAUCCUGCAACUCUGUGGUGAGCUCUUUGACCUUGAUGCUGCCUCUCUCCAGCUCAAAGUCAUCAAUUAUCUGCAGCAGCAGACUCACUCGCAGUGUUGUUGUUUGCUGCUGGUGUCCGAGGACAACCAUCAGCUUUUCUGCCAGGUAGUUGGUGACAAAGUCCUGGAGGAGGAAAUCAGUUUCCCAUUGAUGUUUGGACGUUUCGGACAGGUUGUCGAGAAGAAGAAGUCAAUCACUCUGCAGGACAUCAGUGCCGAGGAGCGGAGGCAGCUGUCCAGUAUGCUGGGCUGUGAGAUCUCCUCCAUGCUAUGUGUGCCAGUGGUCAGCAGGGCCACUGGUCAGGUGGUGGCACUAGCGUGUGCCUUCAAUAAGCAGGGUGGGCGAAGACACACAGAGGCAGAUGAGCAUGUAAUCCAGCACUGUUUCUGCUACACUUCAACGGUUCUCACUUCAACUUUGGCCUUCCAGAAAGAACAGAAACUCAAAGUGGAGUGCCAGGCGCUCUUACAAGUGGCCAAGAAUCUCUUUACACACUUGGAUGAUGUGUCAGUGCUGUUACAGGAAAUUAUAGUGGAAGCCAGGAACCUCAGUGAUGCAGAGAUCUGCUCUGUGUUCCUACUGGAUCGUGUCAGUCAUGAGUUGGUGGCAAAAGUGUUCGACGGGGGUGUGGUUAGUGAUGAAGAGAAGGAGUUUCGUAUUCCAGCGGAUCAGGGCAUUGCAGGCCAUGUGGCCACCACUGGUCAGAUCUUGAACAUUAAGGAUGCUUACUCCCAUCCAUUGUUCUACCGCGGCGUGGAUGACAGCACAGGCUUCAGGACCCGCAACAUCCUCUGCUUCCCCAUCAAAGAUGAGAACAACGAGGUGAUCGGGGUUGCUGAGUUGGUGAAUAAGAUGAACGGGCCGUGGUUCAACCGCUUUGAUGAGGAUCUGGCCACAGCUUUCUCCAUUUACUGUGGGAUCAGUAUCGCCCAUUCUCUACUCUACAAGAAAGUCCAUGAAGCACAGUUCAGGUCCCACCUGGCUAACGAAAUGAUGAUGUACCAUAUGAAGGUUUCAGAUGAAGAGGUGUCGAAGCUGCUGGUGACAGGGAUCGAAUCUGUGAAGGAUAUCCACCCAUGCUACGCUGAGUUUACGUAUACUCCACGCUCCCUGCCGGACGACACCACACCUUCAUGCGUCCUCAGCAUGUUUGAAGACAUGGGCUUCAUCAACACGUACAAGAUUGACCUGAACACUCUCGCCAGGUUCUGUCUAAUGGUAAAGAAAGGCUACAGAGACCCUCCUUACCACAACUGGAUGCAUGCCUUCUCUGUGUCACACUUCUGCUACCUGCUCUACAAAAACCUAGGGCUCUCCAACUACCUCGAGGAUAUAGAGAUUCUAGCUCUCUUUGUCUCCUGUAUGUGCCAUGACCUGGACCACCGUGGCACCAACAAUUCUUUCCAAGUCGCCUCACAAUCUGUGCUGGCUGCUCUGUACAGCUCAGAGGGAUCUGUGAUGGAGAGACAUCACUUUGCCCAGGCCAUUGCCAUCCUCAACACAAUCGGCUGCAACAUCUUUGAAAAGUUCUCCAGAAAGGAUUACCAGCGAGUACUGGAUUUGAUCAGAGAUAUCAUUCUGGCUACAGACCUGGCGCACCACCUGCGCAUUUUCAAAGACCUGCAGAAGAUGGCUGAUGAUGGAUACAACCCAAAAAGCCGUACCCACCGCUCAAUGCUGCUGUGCCUGUUGAUGACGUCAUGUGACCUGUCAGACCAAACCAAGGGCUGGAAAACCACACGCAAGAUUGCUGAGCUGAUUUACAAGGAGUUCUUCUCUCAAGGAGAUCUGGAAAAAGCCAUGGGGAACAGGCCCAGCGAAAUGAUGGACAGAGAGAAGGCGUACAUCCCAGAACUGCAGAUAAGCUUCAUGGAACAUAUCGCCAUGCCCAUUUACAAGCUGCUAUCUGAACUGUUUCCUGGGGCCACUGAGCUGUAUGAGAGAGUGGCAGCUAAUCGGGAGCAGUGGACAAAAGUGUCCCACAAGUUCACAAUCCGUGGGUUGCCUAGCAACAACAGCCUAGACUUCCUGGACCAGGAGUAUGAGCUGCUGCAGUCGCAGGGUGCUUUCGGGAGCGAUGAUCACUGCCUCAAUGGUUGCCUUGAAGACGGAGAAGGAGGGAGGGGUCAGUGACACCUGAAGAGCUGCCAACCAGUUUCUUGAAGUUUUCUGUGGUCCAAUAAGGGGCUGAGGAUACCUUUUUAGCGACCUGAGAGGGAGGGAUCUCUCUGCUGUCAAUCACUUAGAUGCUAGGCAGGCCAUGCAGAAUGGACAGGACAAAGUUUCAAACAAAUUGAAUCUGACAAGUGAUGUGAAAUGAGUGGAUCCAUCAGUGCCGGUUCAGUGAUUAGAUGCUACAUGUUGCUUGUCUCCAGUUCAGGAAAACAGAAGGCGGAGGCUUUAUAUUUUUCAGCAGUGAUGCUGGAAAAAUAUGUUUUUACACAGAUUCACCCAUACUGAUUACGAUUGUAAUAACAAACACACUGAUACACAUAUGUACAUGCACAUACCGUUUAGACACAACAGAGAGAGACAGCUCAUUCUUAUUGAAAAAAAUGACUACUACAACAUGUAACAGUGAGAUAAAGUGCUAUACUUUGUGUAAAAUGUUUCAUAAUAGUUAUAUUGAUUUAAAUGGCUCAGCAUUGUUCACACACAAGCGGCUGCCAUAGUCCCUCACCUGAUGCUUAUGAAUGCAUGCUGUUUUGACACCUCAUGUGUUAUUCCACCUCAUCAUCAUUGUCAGUUCCUCCAUGGCUAAUAAAUUAAUGCAGUACAUUUUUAUACCAUCAGAAAUGAUUUUGUAUUCAGAUCCUACAGGUAUAUUUAACUAAUUCAUGUAAAUAUAUAGCAAGAUAUAAUUCAUUCACUUACACAGCAUUACAACCCUCAUUUAUACCACCUUAUUUUGCAGGUUUAAGGACAGUUUGACAAUCACUUAUCAAUGACAGCUGGCCAUAACAACCCACUCCACAUAUAUCAAAAUAGACGGACUGGCUUCAUUUGAACUGCAUACUAACGAUUAAUGGAUCUAUACCUCAAAUAAAGGCCUCUCAUGAACUACAACACAACCCUUGUUUUAUGGUUUUGCCAUCUUUCUCACUGUUCUCACCUCCUUCUUGUUUUUACGGAUUUCCUCAUAAACAACUUUAGAUUGAGAUUAACCGAAGCCCUUUAAAGAUCCAGCUCAUCUGUCAGUGUAAAUUUGCCAGAGUAGCGCGUGUUACAUGGAGUGUGUCAUCGAGUCAUAUGGAUCUGCCUUAUUGCGCAUCUUUGCUGCCUUUCUUAGAGCUUUUAAUAUAUGAACAUUGAAAUAAAGAGUCUGUUUAGUAUGUAUGUUGUAUAUUUGUUAUAGACAUAGUUUGAGUAUCCAAGUGUUGACUGAAUGGACACCAUGCUCAGAAGAUGUAUAUUUGUGAAAUACUUGUGUAUGAAGACCUCAGAUGUCACUUUCUUUCUCUUCUUUCUCUUCUAAGUUAUGUACAAAAUCAUCGGGUGGAUAUUCAUGAUGGACACAACAGCUUUUUUUCAGUUCUCAGUGCAUCAAAAUAUAGUUUUAAGAAGGAACUAGAGAUGUAGCCGUUACAGAAAUUACUCUUUGCUGAAAGUAUCUACAGUUUUCUUUUGCUGCAUCCCAAAGGAAAUGUUUUGAAAAUUUAAGUUCUCAGGCUGUGCCUCAUUUAAAGAAAAAAAUCACACAAUUUUUGUGUCCAUGAGGUUUUGUGUUACAAUAUGCCAUAUUUUGUUUAACCUUGCACAAUUAAAAAGGACAUGCUGCAGAGUUAGGAGAAGAGAAACCCAGUACAGUUGGACUUUGCUGUGCUGUAUGUAGGCUGUGUGUGGGGUGAGAGAGAGUGCCAAUGAGUGGAUGGAUGAGGGGGUGUGCAGGGAGAGAGGGGAUAGAGGUAUAAUAGAUAUAAUAAUUCCUAACAAAACUGGCAUCCAUAGAAAUAAUGCAAAUGAAAACCUUAAGAGAUCUGCCAAAUUUUCUUCUAUUAUUUUUCCUUUUUAUACAGCCCUAAUAAUUACAGGGAAGGCAGAUGAAAAGCAACACUACUGCUUUCAGAUUUACAUUUUUUCCAUUUAUGGGUCUCAGAUAAGAGCCAUACAUGGAAAAAUUUAUGAAGUUAAUUGGUUAUAAAGUGGUUUUAUCUACAUGCCCACAGAAGGAUAUGCAUUAACGUCAAAGAGUGAUCAUUUGUUUGAUAUGCCUUAGUCUGCUUCAUGGAAUGAUUUUUUAAUGAUUCGUUCAUCAAGGGCAUACAGAUAUUUGUAGAAAAAUAUGAUAUUGAUGAUAAAAAUAAUAAUUGUCUGCCUCUGUAAUUCCUUUGCACUUAUGCCUCUUGUUAAAUUUAUACUUGAGUUCUGAGUCCCUAAAAGCAAUGGUGUGUGUUCAGCCUGUGUCCAUUGAAAAAAAAAAUCUAUGUUGCAUUUGACUCAUAAACUGCUUUUGAACACCUAGGACAGUUUUUUAUUCCAAGUGUGUAUCUGUCCUUUUAUGUUUGUUUUAGAGAGUCAUGGCUAAAACACCAAGCAAACAUUGUCUACUUUCUGUAAAGUGAAAACUUACCUUUAGUUAUUUUCUAUUUCUUUCCAUGUGAGUGGAGUCGAGGGCUGUGUUCACAGGAAACUUCGGACUCGUUAUGAUGGGGUCUGCAAAUGUGGCACAUUCAGGAAAUGUGAACCCAAUCUAUAGUUCCCAUCAUCACAGAACAGCAGGACUCGGACCUGGGAUGUAACAUCAUUGUAAUGAUCACCUGUGACAUAAUUGUUAAAAAGUGGCAAAAAUAUAAUUGCUGUAAAUAUCAAAGUUUUAAAAGAAAAUGUUACUUGACUGUGUGUCAUUAUUACAAUGGAAAGUAUUUCAAUUCUGUGAUGUAAUUAAAGUGGUGGCAUCCUGUUCUCUUCUUUUUUCAUGCCAUUUUUGAACAACCUCAAACAGAAACUUUUAGACAGAGGGUAUGGAAGAAAACUAUCUGUAUUUUGGAUAUACAUAUGAUAUUGUACCAAAAAUAAGAACCCAAACUAAUCUGAAAUGUAUACAUGAGGACUAAAUCUAGUCAUCUGUUGGUUAUUUGUUUUGUUUAGUUCUGAGUGCUGGUGGUCUUGUUCUUUUUCAAAUGUAAUGAGCAAGGACAUUUUUGACAAAAAGAAAAAUGGAUGAUUUUUUUUUCUUUCUUGG